AUGGCAAGUACUUGCAGAAUCAGCUUCAUCAGCAUCGUGAUCCUCUUCUUGCUCUUCAUCAAUCAAUCUACAAUUUCUUGUUCUGCACGCAUCCGUCUUAUGGAAGGCCGAGUUCUAGCUGACGAGAAGCAACACGGUCUCUUAACACUUGAUGAGAUUAAGAAAGCUGAUCGGGACGCACGCCUGGAUUUUGCAGAGACGAUUGAAGCUGAGACCAAUUUUUUUGAAGACGAUUCACGCCCGCUUUCCAGGAUGGAAUUAAUUAAUAGUAGGUUUUAA